CUAAAAAAAAUUUUUACCCAUAUUACCAUCGGCGUCCAACGUGACUAGAAAACAUAACCAAGAAACCUCCUAACUAAGUGCACGUGGAAAAUUAACUUUGACCUGUAAAAUUUCCACCUUUCAUACCUCUAUCAGUAAACAAUCUAAAACAAUGGUGUCGAUCCUGAGAAGCACACUCAACCGAUGGAGAGUCAACGGCGUGGACGAGCUGUUAGACACAGAAGUUGACUCCAACUACGAGGUCUACACAACAGUCCGCACCAAUAAGUUGCAUCAUGACCUCUCUUGGGAAUUGGUGCUGAUCUUUAACGGGUCAAAAAACCCGUACGGCGAAUGGAUUUCCUUGCAACUUAAGCUGCCCACAGAGCAAAAACGGGUGAAUGUAAACUUCAAGAUCUGGAUGGUGACACGAAAUGGCACCAAGAUCCGCAUGAACCACGAAACCAUGUUAGAGAUCGAUGACACCAUAACCUACACCAUCCCGGAUUUCAUCAACAAAGAUGGCCUCUUCGUCAACUAUGAGGAGUACGUUCCAAAGAAUGUCCUGACCUUCGUCCACGAGUUUGACGUCGAGUCUGUCCACGUUAUUCCCAGGAUUAUGUCCAAAAGAGACAAAAUGGAUCAAGAAGAAUACGACGAUGGCUGGUCGAAUGUUUGCUGUGAUUCCACCACCAGCCCUCCUAAGCGCAUGUCCACAUUUUAGAAGUCCUUUUGCUUGUAAAAGUUUUAAUUUUAGUUCACUUUUUAUAUUAUUAUUAUUUUAGUAGAAUCUUAAGCAGUGUCAUUUGUCGUAAGUAAUCGCUGUUCUACUAAAGAACGACAAAAUGGCGGACUUUUUGAGUAACUAUCCGGUUUUUUAAAAGAAAAUAUUGAAAAAUGGCCUAAGAUUAGUUGCAAAGUAUCCUAAGCAUUAAAAGUGUAAAUAAUCCCUGUUUUAUUGAGUUUCUGCUUGGUGAUAUUAGCGAAAGUUAGGCACGACAAAAUGGCGGACUUUUUGUGUAACCACGCGGUUUUUUUUAGUGAAACUAUUG